AUGAUGGAGCUGAAGAACAGCAGGAUCGACAAGAAGGAGCUCAGGGGUGAUGCGCUGGAGGUGCUGGCGGAGAACCUGGAGUUCUGUGGGAAUCCGGGUUUGAGCCUGGCGUUCCGGAGGGCGGCGUCUGUGCUCAAGAGUCUCCCUGAUGCCCCGAGACGUCUGGAGGAGACACAGCAUCUGCCCUGCCUCGGAGAACACAGCCGGGCCAUCAUAGAGGAGAUCUCUGAAUACGGAUCGUGCUCCAGAGUUGAGGAGAUACUGAAUGAUGAGAGGUAUCGGACGAUGAAGUUGUUCAGCAGUGUCUUCGGGGUCGGACCCAAGACGGCAGAGAACUGGUUCUGUAGAGGACUGCGGACGUUUGAGCAGGUGCUGAAUGACCCCAGCAUCAGACUGAACCGCAUGCAGACCGCAGGGUUCUUGUUUUAUGAGGACAUCAGUAAGCCGGUGAGCAGGACAGAGGCCAUCGCUCUGAAGAUUAUAGUGGAGGAAGCUGUCACCAGUGUCAUCCCAUCAGCCAGCGUCAGCAUCACAGGAGGAUUCCGCAGGGGGAAGGAGUUCGGACACGAUGUGGACUUCAUUAUAAAAACACCUGAGGCCGGACAGGAGGACUCUAUUCUGCCCGCCGUGAUCGAACGAUUCAAAAGACAGAGCAUCCUGCUGUACUCAGACCUCCAGGAGUCGACCUUUGACCUGCGGCAGCUGCCGACUCACCGCUUCGAGGCCAUGGAUCAUUUCAGCAAGUGUUUCCUGAUCGUGAAGCUGAAGGGCGAGCAGGAGACGGGGCGUGACUGGAGAGCGGUGAGGGUGGAUCUGGUGGCUCCUCCGCUGGAGCGUUAUGCUUACGCUCUGCUGGGAUGGACCGGGUCCAUGCUGUUUGAAAGAGACCUGAGACGAUUCGCCAGAUUGGAGCGAGGAAAACUGCUGGACCAUCACGCGCUGUACGACAAAGCUACGAACACCUUCUUGUCUGCUAACACCGAAGAGGACAUCUUCACACAUUUGGGGUUAGAGUAUAUCGAGCCUUGGCAAAGAAAUGCCUAGUUUCAGUCUCUUGCUCUGUGAAGCCGGCUGAUGUUCUGGACAGAUUCAACACCCUCGACCUGAUGCUGAUGCAUUAAUGAUAGUUCAUGGAGUUCGGUUUUCUCUCUUUUUUUUAAGGAAAGAUGCACAAGCAUACUUUUCAAAAUAAGGAUUUAAUAAAAAGUGUAGCACAAAAUGAAAUCGCAAAAAUAAUGGUUAUGGUUAUGCUCAAAAUCAUGCAGUUUUCAUAUUAUAAUCAAUUUAUGAUGGAUGAAAUCUAACUCGGUUUUGUUAGA